AUGCGACCAUUUGACGUGACGUACGAUACAAUAGUGGUAGGUGGAGGAAACGCCGGGUUCAGCGCUGCUACAACCUCAGCCCAAAAUGGUGCACGGACUCUGCUGGUUGAGAAAGCUCCAGAGUCCGAGAAUGGCGGUAACACGUUCUACACAGCAGGAGCAUAUAGAUAUGCCUUCCAGGACUUCGACGAUUUGAAACUCAUUCUUUACGAUGUCCAAACUGGUAAGAAAGGCUUGUCGGAGGACCUGGUAUCGAGGAUAGACUUGCAGGGAUAUCCCGAGGCGGACUUCAUGAAAGACAUAAUGCGGGUUACCAAAGGAAGAUCUGAUCAGAAGCUAGCCCGGAAACUGGUAGGUGAGAGCCGAGCUGCCAUACAGUGGAUCAGCGACAAUGGCGGAAAGUUCGUUUUGAGCUUUAACCGCCAAGCCUACGAAAUCAAGGAUCGAUUUGUGUUCUGGGGUGGCAUGGUAACAGUAUUUGGAGGAGGUGGCAAGGAAUUGGUAAAGUGGCAUGUUGAGACAGCGAGAAAGAAUGGUGUUGAAGUCUGGUGGGAUACACCGGCUGUUGGGUUGAUCGCUGACGAAGAGAGCGGUCGCGUCCUCGGCGUGGAAGUCCUGCAGAAUGGACGGAAGCGGAGACUACAGGCCACUGGUGGCGUGAUACUGGCUUGUGGUGGAUUCUCCGCUGACCCUGCAUUGAGAGCGAAAUAUCUUGGACCUGGCUGGGAUCUGGCACAUGUACGAGGGUCACCAUUCAAUACUGGUGAUGGACACCGCAUGGCGAGACAGAUCGGUGCGAAAACUGCUGGAAACUAUUCUGGUUGCCACUCGACCUGCUGGGACGCGAACUCUCCACGAAAUGGAGGAGAUAGAGUGCUCACUAACCAAUUCACCAAGUCUGGCUAUCCGCUCGGUCUCAUGCUCAAUUGUGAUGGCAAUCGUUUCGUCGAUGAAGGCAUCGAUCUCCGCAACUACACCUACGCCAUAUUCGGGGUCGAGGUGUUGAAGCAACCAUCAGGAAAAGCUUUCCAGAUUUGGGAUGCAGAAGGGUCCAAGUGGUUGCGGAAGGAGGAAUAUGCCGACGAUGUGACCAACAACAUUCGAGCAGACAGUCUGGAAGCUCUGGCUGAUAAGUUGGUCUCAAAGGGUCUGACCAAUAAGAGCAAACUUCUGGAAACGAUCCAGCAGUACAACGAGGCCGUUGAUACCUUCUCGAAGGAGAAUCCAGACAAGCAAUUCAAUCCAGCCGAGAAAGACGGCUUAUCGACACAAUCUUCCACCAAGAAACUCAGCCUAGCAAAGUCGAAUUGGGCAAGGCCUCUCAAGAAAGCACCGUUCCAAGCUGUAGAGGUCACGAGUGGUGUAACAUUCACGUUCGGAGGACUUGACGUUGAUCCUGAUACGGCACAGGUCGUUUCUGAUAUUUCGAGGCAGCCCAUCGGAGGCUUGUACUGUUGUGGCGAGUUGCUUGGCGGCUUGUUCUUCUCGAACUAUCCAGGCGGGUCAGGCUUGACUGCCGGUACUGUUUUCGGAAGGAUCGCUGGCAAGCAUGCUGCCAAAAACAGGGAGUCAUGGCCGCAGCAGUUUCAGAGCUCCAAACUAUAG